UUCCCCGGUUAGUUCACAUGAGAAAUUUAAAUAUUAUGUGACUUUCAUUGAUGAUCAUAGCAGAUUUACUUGGGUUUACUUUCUUCGCUCUAAAUCUGAGGUCUUUCGUACUUUCACUGAGUUUUUAGCGUAUGUUGACAAUCAAUUUUCUACUUCUAUUAAGACAUUACGCACAGAUUCUGGUGGUGAAUAUUUGUCUACUGAGUUUCAAGCAUUCUUGGCUUCUAAGGGUAUUAUUCAUCAACGUUCAUGUCCCUUUACUCCUCAACAAAAUGGAGUUGCCGAAUGCAAAAAUCGUCAUCUUUUAGAUGUGGUACGUACUCUCUUGUUAGAAUCUUCUGUUCCAUCCAUGUUUUGGGUAGAGGCUCUAAAAACUGCUACUCACUUGAUUAAUCGUUUACCUUCUCAAGUCCUACAUAUGGAGUCUCCCUAUUUCCGCUUAUUUGCUAAGCAACCUAGUUAUGAUCACCUUCGUAUUUUUGGUUGUGUAUGCUUUGUUCAUUUACCUCCUCAUGAGCGACAUAAAUUAUCAAGGUCCUCCCACUAUUGUUCCUCUGGGUUGCAAAUGGGUUUACUCAGUCAAGGUCCGAUCUGAUGGAAGUUUGGAUCGUUACAAAGCUCGGCUUGUUGCACUUGGGAAUAAUCAGGAAUAUGGUGUCAAUUAUGAAGAGACCUUUGCUCCUGUGGCUAAAAUGACUACUGUUCGUACGAUUCUAGCUCUUGCUGCUUCCAGUGAUUGGCCAUUACAUCAGAUGGAUGUAAAAAAUGCUUUUCUUCAUGGGGAUCUUAAAGAGUGUAUUUAUAUGAAGCCACCCCCGGGAUUGUUUCCCUCUCCGACUUCACAUGUGUGUAAGCUUCGUCGCUCUCUUUAUGGUCUCAAACAGGCUCCGAGGGCCUGGUUUGAGAAAUUCCGCACCACUUUAUUACAAUUUUCAUUCAGGCAGAGCAAGUAUGACACUUCCUUGUUUCUUCGGAAAUCAGACAUGGGUAUUGUUGUUCUUUUGGUUUAUGUUGAUGAUAUUGUGAUCACUGGUUCCGAUUCUGCUUUACUUGGUCAGCUCAAAACUCAUCUCUCCGAGUCCUUUCAUAUGAAAGAUCUUGGGCCUCUCACAUAUUUUCUUGGUCUUGAGGUGCAUCAUAGUCCCUCUGGUAUUUCCCUCAAUCAACAUAAGUAUGCGAGUGACUUGGUGGCUACAGCUGGUCUACAAGGGGCUACUUCUGUUGAUACUCCCAUGGAAUUAAAUGUCAAGCUUCGCAAAGAGGAGGGCGACUUACUUGCUGAUCCCAGUUUAUACAGGAAGUUGGUGGGUAGCCUUGUUUAUCUCACCAUUACUAGACCGGACAUUUCUUUUGCUGUACAGCAAGUCAGCCAGUUCCUUCAGACUCCUCGUCAUCUUCAUUUGGCUGCUGUUCGUAGGAUCAUACGCUAUGUUCAAGGCACUUCUACUCGUGGCUUGUUCUUCCUUGCAGGCAAUUCUACUCGCCUUGCUGCUUAUAGUGAUGCUGAUUGGGCUGGUUGUGCGGAUACCCGUCGCUCCAUCACUGGUUGGUGUGUGUUCUUAGGAGAUGCAUUGAUAUCUUGGAAAAGUAAGAAGCAAGACAGAGUCUCUAAGUCAUCUACGAUUCUGAGUACCGGGCGAUGUCUCUUGCUUGUUCUGAAAUCAUUUGGCUUCGAGGUUUGCUUGCGGAGUUAGAUUUUUCUGAGACCGAUCCUACACCUCUCCAUGCCGAUAAUACAAGCGCUAUUCAGAUCACGGCCAAUCCUGUCUAUCAUGAGCGCACAAAGCAUAUUGAAGUGGACUGUCACUCUAUCCGUGAAGCCUUUGAAGCUCGUGUUAUCGCUCUUCCACAUAUUUCCACCGACUUACAAAUUGCUGAUAUCUUCACCAAGGCUCUCCCUCGUCAUCGACAUUGCUUGCUAAGUAGCAAAUUGAUGCUUGUUGAUCAACCUGCAUCAAUUUGAGGGGGGCUAUCAAAGGACAGCUUUGCUAGUCAAAGGACAGCUGUCAAAGGACAGCUUUGCUGUCACACUUCCUUCCUUAUUUUAGCCCACACUUGCUGUCCACACUUCCUUCCUUAAUUUAGCCCACCCUUCUUUCCUUAUUUUAGCCCACAAUUGUUUCCUUAUUUCUUCAUUUAU